GGUUGGCCGAAACCGGGAUAAAUGUGGAUAUCCGCGUGUUUAUUAUCCUCGCAACGUGUCCCGCACCAUUUCAUCCGCCGGUGUGAAGGCGUGGACGGCAAGGACGGCUCGUUCGGCUGUGCUGUGAGUUUUGGUCGCCGUCGGCCAUGUUGGAAGCGGGGGGGACCUUCGGAUAAGGGACGAUUCCUCCUUUGGCCUCGUCGGCUCCUCCGCCAGCCAAGCCUGCCUAUUGUUAGCGGCGGCGCGCGCGCGAGCCCCGCCGGCUGCCGAGUCCGCCGUUUUCAAGACUAGACCCCCUUUCUGUACCGUCUUCGCCGUGUGUUCUGGUCGGUGCCGGGCGGUCUGUCAUCCGGUCGCCAACUCGCCACUGAGGGGAAUUAAGGAUCUGAAUUGAUGAGCGGUGUGUUUGUGAAGUAGUUUUUGCCCCGUGCGGGAUCGAUAUGGGACAGAGCCGGGACUGAGUCCACGUUACAGAGACUCAGCGCCGUCGGCCGCUUCCACUCGGAUUGUACCAACGAAUAUAAGGUGGACGGAGGACCAGAGGACGCAUGUAGCCCAACUGAACCCCAGCAAAAGCUCGCUUUAAAGGCUUGAUGAUGGGUUGCGUCAAGAGCAAAGAGGACAAGGGGCCGGCGCUGAAGUACCGUCCGGAGAACUCGAUGGCCGCACCGGUCAACGCACACCUGGGGCACUACGGGCCUGACCCCACCCUGAUGGGUCAUUCCCCAGCAAUGAAGACGCACAACAACAGCUACAACAGCCACGCAGCUGCUCUCACACCGUUCGGAGGGGCAUCCUCAAUCAUGACGCCUUUCGGCGGUGCUUCCACCUCCUUCACCUCGGUGGCAGUGAGCAGUCCCUUCCCCAGCGUUGUAACAGGUGGCGUUACAUUUUUUGUGGCUCUCUACGAUUAUGAAGCCAGGACGUCAGAUGAUCUGUCGUUCAAAAAAGGGGAUCGCUUCCAGAUCAUCAAUAACACUGAAGGGGACUGGUGGGAGGCCCGCUCCAUCAACACGGGAGAGAAAGGUUAUAUCCCCAGUAACUAUGUGGCCCCAGCAGACUCCAUACAAGCUGAAGAAUGGUACUUCGGUAAACUGGGCCGCAAAGAUGCGGAGCGCCUCCUGUUGGUUCCUGGAAAUCAGCGAGGCACUUUCUUGGCUCGAGAGAGCGAAACCACCAAAGGUGCCUAUUCUCUGUCUAUCCGGGACUGGGAUGAGGUGAAGGGAGACAACGUCAAACACUACAAGAUCCGCAAGCUGGACAACGGCGGUUAUUACAUCACCACUCGGGCUCAGUUUGAGACGCUACAGAAGCUGGUGAAGCACUACACAGAACUCAGACGGGAGGUUUCACCAAAUGAGCAUGCAGACGGGCUGUGCUACAGACUCACCACUGUGUGUCCCACGGUGAAGCCUCAGACCCAAGGCUUGGCGAAGGAUGCCUGGGAGAUUCCCCGAGAGUCUCUGAGACUGGAGCUCAAGCUGGGCCAAGGCUGCUUCGGCGAGGUUUGGAUGGGCACGUGGAACGGCACCACAAAGGUGGCGAUUAAGACCCUGAAGCCAGGCACCAUGUCCCCAGAGGCUUUCCUCCAGGAGGCUCAGAUCAUGAAGAAACUCCGACACGACAAGCUGGUGCCUCUAUACGCUGUAGUUUCUGAGGAACCCAUCUACAUUGUCACUGAGUUUAUGGGCAAAGGAAGCUUGCUAGACUUUCUAAAGGAGGGAGAAGGCAAAUAUCUGAAGCUGCCUCAGCUGGUGGAUAUGGCUGCACAGAUUGCAGAUGGCAUGGCCUUCAUAGAGAGGAUGAACUACAUCCACAGGGACCUCAGGGCUGCCAACAUCCUGGUGGCGGAUAACCUGGUGUGCAAGAUCGCCGACUUCGGCCUGGCCCGGCUCAUUGAGGACAACGAAUACACUGCCAGACAAGGUGCUAAGUUCCCCAUCAAAUGGACGGCCCCCGAAGCGGCUCUGUACGGCCGCUUCACCAUCAAAUCAGACGGGUGGUCCUUCGGUAUACUGCUGACUGAACUGGUGACCAAGGGCAGAGUGCCAUACCCAGGUAUGGUGAACCGGGAGGUGCUGGAGCAGGUGGAGCGAGGCUACCGCAUGCCGUGCCCCCAGGGCUGCCCAGAGUCCCUCCACGAGAUGAUGAGGCAGUGUUGGAAGAAGGAGCCCGACGAAAGGCCCACUUUCGAGUACAUCCAGUCCUUUUUGGAAGACUACUUCACAGCCACGGAGCCCCAGUACCAGCCCGGCGACAACCUGUAGCGCGGAGUUAACCGAACUCGUUUUUUACUCCAGCUCCACACAAGGGCGCACCCGCAGACAAGGGGGAACCACCCCCACCCCACCCCACCCACACCGAGUCUGUGGGGGGAAAGACGAUUUUAGAGCAAGAAUGCUACAAAAAUUGGUCCUCAGCCAUGCUCACUGGUACAUUGGGAAUUUCAUUGCCGUACAAAAAAAAAAGUUAGACAUGGAAGUAGAAACAGUGUUUACCUGGGUGAGGGGGUUUAGGGAUAUUUCCAAGGGUACAGAUUGGUACUGGUACACUAAGAAUACUCUGUAAGUACGGUGAGAAUGCUGUUUAAUCAGAGUAGAGUAGUCCAUAUGGACCGGCCAAGAACACUGUGAUGGAAAAACAGGAGGGGCUUUCUCAGAGCGAUGGAUCCCAAAAGAUAAAUGACGACUAACUUGCAGUUGCACAGAGUUUUUUUUUCUUUUCUUCAUUUCAAUGGUCUUUCAAAUUCUACAUUUCUCUUAAUUUCCCCUUUUUUUGGCAUUUGUUUUACAAACAUCCUUUUUUUUUUUGUAUUUUGGAGUCAAGGAAUUCUGUAUGUACAGGAGUUUGGGUUAUUCUAGAUUGAUCUUCUCCUUUUCUUUGACAGACCAAUACCUGUGGUUGACAUGUUAAGUAUGUGCUGUGACUGUAAGAUGUGGAUGGGACGGGGCAGAAGUGAUGAAUGAGUAGCCGGAUAGGACGGGGCAGAAGUGAUGAAUGAGUAGCUGGAUGGGACGGGGCAGAAGUGAUGAAUGAGUAGCUGGAUGGGACGGGGCAGAAGUGAUGAAUGAGUAGCUGGAUGGGACGGGGCAGAAGUGACGAGUAGCAGGAUGGGACGGGGCAGUAUACAUCUCAGAAUGUACCUCGGGUUAAAGCAGCAGCGGAUGUACGUGUAAAGAAUUGUAUUUUAAGCAGGUGUGAUGGGUUUGGCGCAAGUUAGAGUAACGGAUGCGGUUCGUACGUUCCUUUUAAGAUAAUGUGACUUGAAUGGCAAAUCAUUUUGUUUUGUUUUUUUAUUUCUCAUGUCGAACGGGCUCAUCUCGUAAACUUGAAAAUCACGAAAAAUGUUUUGAUCAUUUCACACAUGCAAAAAAAAAACAAACACUUCUGUAACAUUUUCUAAUUCUUUUUAAAAUGAAACUUUACAGCUUUUAAAUUUUACGUGACAGUUUAGCAUAAAUCGGAGUGAAUUACGCAAUUUGUCUUAAUUGAUUUAUGAGAGGUGGUGCUGUUUGUCUCAGAUAGAUACCCCCGUCGUCCCUCUUCCACGGUGCGGAUGUCAGUGUAGUAUAACCUCGCUGCAGGUUGUCCUUGCAUCAUCCGGAUGGGGAGUGUGAAUGACCGCGGGGGGGGGGGUCUGUGGUACUUCCUUAUAACAAAAUCCCGCAGGUUACUGCACCUGUCGGGGGAUUCUUGCGUGAGUAUGCCUUCGGUGUCCUUAGCGCUGCGUCCCUCAGGAGCGUUCACAGGAGAGAUGGUUUCACCCAGAGCCGACAGACACUAGAGAGCAGGUGAAUCUAUGCAAAUCCAUCCCUCGGUACGGCGUCGCCAGGACGACCAUCUCACAAUAUUUGCUCAUCCGAUGCUCUGCCACCCCCCACCACCCCCCAGCAGUUUCCAAUGUAAAAAAAAAAAGCCAUAAUUUCACCAGCAAGGUAUUAAAGAAUAUUUUUGUAUACCUUGGAUACCAGACAAAGCAGAACCCCGGUAGUGUUUGUUUGGAUCUGGGCUUCGGUACUUUCUAUAAGGUUGGGUACGUUGGAGUAAAAGAACAAUAAUUCAGGCCAUGGAAGUAACGUUAAUCCAUCGCCUGUCCACUGGGAGGCGUUGGGGGAUCGGUGAUAAGGAGAACGAUCCCUUCUUAACGUCGCCCUGUAAACCAAGGGGUCGAGUAAAGAUGUGCGAGUCUUCUACAUGUUAUGUUUGUGCGCUUGACUCGCAGGAAGCUAAUAUGUGAUUUGUUGUGAAUGAUGGGAGGCAGCAGGACGAGGAGGUGAGGAGGAGCUGACUGAGGAUGAAAACUAAUGAUUUUGUACAGUGAAAAGAAAAUAAAAAGU